CGCAUAUGUGUGCAGAACAACAGCGACGCCCGCACGUUUCCGGUGGCUGCCUGCAUGACUCAUCAUAUCCUCAAUCCGGAAGUGCACACGUGCCAGAGCUUAUCCAGAGUAGGCAUCGGGUGGAGUCAAUUGGGCUACUCUAAACUUUUCCGCAUCAACCCUGCCCUCUACUGCGAGCAACUGCUGCCCGGUGCUGCUGGAUGGGACGACUCUGUUCGUGAUAUG